AGAGAAACCCUGCAAGCUCAACACUCUGGACAACCCCUGCUUCCAAAAUCCUUCCUUUACUCAGAACAUUGCAGGCUCUACUUCUUUACCUACGGAUUAUACUCUGUCAUUGUCUCUUCUUCAAACCCCCUUUUCACUUUCUUCUUCCAUUUCCCUUAAUGCACUCAUUUUGACCUCAACCCUUCCUCCCUUCGCCACUCACCGACGCCGUUUCUGGUUUCCGAAGCACGAGGACGCCCUCCACAGUACUCUUACCCUAGUUUAAAUUUACUAUGGAGAGUUCUGAUGAUGAAAAGGAUGGAAGUUAUGGGAAAUAUGUUCCAAGAGAACCGAGUCAUAAUCUAGUAUCUAAUGGUGCAAAAUUUGUAGAUGAAGUACUCAAUGGACAAAACGAACGUUGUUUAGAAAAUUUCCGCAUGGACAAGCACAUAUUUUAUAAGUUGUGUGAUAUUUUGCAAGCCAAAGGCUUACUUCGUCAUACGAACCGUAUUAAGAUUGAAGAGCAACUAGCCAUAUUCAUGUUUAUUAUUGGUCACAAUCUUAGGACACGAGCAGUUCAAGAGCUGUUCAGAUAUUCAGGAGAAACAAUAAGUCGCCAUUUUAACAAUGUACUGAAUGCGAUCAUGGCGAUAUCAUUGGACUUCUUCCAACCUCCAGGUUCCAAUGUUCCACCAGAAAUCUUAGAUGAUCCAAGAUUCUAUCCCUACUUUAAGGACUGUGUGGGGGCGAUUGACGGUAUACACAUCCCUGUCAUGGUUGGUGUUGACGAGCAAGGACCCUUUCGGAAUAAGAACGGACUACUUUCUCAAAAUGUUUUGGCAGCAUGCUCAUUUGACCUGAAGUUCCAUUAUGUUCUAGCAGGCUGGGAAGGAUCGGCUACCGAUUUGCAGGUUCUGAACUCAGCACUUACUAGGCGAAACAAACUACACAUCCCUGAAGGUAAAUACUACCUUGUGGAUCAAAAAUAUAUGAACAUGCCUGGUUUUAUUGCCCCUUAUCAUGAUAUCCCCUAUCAGUCAAGGGAAUAUACAGGUGGUUAUCAUCCCCAAGAUGCCAAAGAGCUAUUUAAUCUACGGCAUUCGUUGCUGCGCAAUGCGACCGAUAGAACUUUUGGAGCUCUAAAGGUGCGCUUCCCCAUACUAUUGUCAGCUCCUCCUUACCCGUUACAGACGCAAGUUAAGUUGGUCGUUGCGACAUGUGCAAUUCACAAUUACAUUCGGAGGGAGAAUCCCGACGAUUGUCUCUUUAGACUGUAUGAACAAGACCAUGUUUCACAUAUGGAGGACUCAUUGCCUCAAUUAGAAGCAGAACAGCUGACGGCACACAUUGAGACUCCAACUGUGGACAUUGCUUUUGAGACAGAAGAACGAGAGAUUACAUCACAGUUGAGGGAUGCUAUUGCAACUGAAUUGUGGAGUGACUAUAUUAACGAUAUAUCGCCCAUGUAAAGCAAAUGUAUGUUAUCCUAGCGUCCGAAUUAGGUCAGAUACUCUUCAGGAACACUAAAAAUACACAAAUGGGGUCUGAUUUUGAAGGUGUAUAUUGACAUUACUAUGUUCAUAUGAAAGGAAUAUAACAGUGGACAUUGUUUUU